GAAACAUUCAGAUAAAAGACCUGACGGCUCUAUCUGGAGAAGAUAGACAGCAUCAAGAAGCAUCGUUGUAGCGUGCGUCUGAGGCAGAAGAGCGAUCAUGUACCUGAGCUCCAACAACUCCACGAAGCCCGUCUGCAGCAGCAUUACUGACCUGCUGAACGCCCUCUGUGGCUGCAGCCUUUCUGGGGUGUCUUGGAAGCGCAGAGCCUUGGGAGGAGUUUCCAGAGAAAGUUUUCACAGAGCUCUCAAAAAACGAGCCUAUGGUGCCCUGCUGUCUAAGCUAUUUCAAGAUGGUACCAAAGGACCUGCCUCAAAACAGAGUGCAACUGCUAAUACGCCACCCAGAAACAAAGUCCUCAUGAUGUGCUUCGACCUGAGGGUGGCAGGGUGUCGAGAGGAAGCAGAGAGGCUGGAGGAGCAGCUCGAGAAGCUGCCUGAAGGGGAGUCUUCUGGUCUCAAGGAAGUAGAUUCAGUGCUUGACCUCCUGGUGUUUCUAGCUGGCUCUGCACCCCCACCUUUGACCUCUUUCAGUAAAGACUACAUGAGACGAGAGAGACUCGUUGUGCGGAGGCCACAACCUUGGAGCUACCAGAGCGAGGAGCUGCAGAGGCUUGAAGCCCGGGCAUGGGGUCUGAUCUGUGCAGAAGAAUGGGGGACUUUGGAGACUCUCCAAGGAACUCAUCAGUUGAUGGAAGCUCCGCCGGGCACAGGACUGCUAGCUUUAAGAAAUAAAUAUGAGGUAGAGGAAAGAUUUGAGAAAGAAACCAGGCUGUCAUUGUUUGGAGCACUGCAGCAUAGUAGCACAUCGGACAUGGACAUCAGACUGGACAUGCCUCCCGUUCCCAGUAAUAUUGAUGUUACUGGGUUGGCUAUCAGGGUUCCUUCCUGUUUAGAUCAGUCUGAAGACGAGGGUUUCCAGUCGGCUUCAAACCUGACCCCAGACUCUCAGUCAGAGCCCAGCCCUGUUCCAGACAUUGAUAUUUGGGAGGCUUUACUCACAUUUGAGCCUGGAAGACGUCGUUGCUGGGAGUCUGUUGGCUGCCCCCCAGGAAGGCGGGAGUGUUUUUAUCUGACAGAGGGAGGCAGGGAAGCCUUUGAUCAGCUGUAUCGGCUGUGGGAGGGGGAGAUGAGGGUAGUGAGCAUGGGCACAUCAUCUCCUAUCCUCAUGCUGCCCCUGGACUCUCAGUCGCAAUUAGUGUCCGACCUCCUAAAUGUUCUGAUAGGAGUGGCGUCCACCACCUUCCCUCUCAACAAGAGCAUUCAGUUUGACGUCAGGCCCAGUGUGUGCGUGUCAGGGGCCUCUCCGGAGAGCGUGUCUCGUCUUUUGGGGGAGUUGGCUCAGUAUGGCACUUACUACCUGAGGCUUGGCCGCUUUUCUCUGCAGAGUGCUGACAAGAAGGGCCUAGUCUUCCAGGCCUUCACUGGAGGUCUGAGGAAGUAUCUACAUUACUACAGGGCUUGUGUUCUCAGCACCCCACCUACUCUCAGCCUGCUAACAAUUGGAUUCCUCUUUCGCAAAGUUGGCCGCCAGCUCAGGUACCUAUCAGAGCUGUGCUGUGUCGACGGGCCUUUAGGUGCAGGCCAAGCUACCUUUCCUGUGGGGGUUAAACUGCUGUCCUAUUUGUACAACGAAGCACAGAACAACUGCAGCAACGAGAACUAUCCCGUCCUACUGUCGCUGCUGAAGAGCAGCUGUGAGCCAUACACACGGUUUGUUUCUGACUGGGUCUACAGUGGUGUGUUUCGAGAUGUUUAUGGAGAAUUCAUGAUUAAAGUCAACGAGGAAUACCUCAGCUUCAGGGACAAAAACUUCUGGGUCCAAGGCUACACGCUGAUCUCAAAGGACGUGGAGGACUGUGUGCCAGCCUUCCUGAGACACAUUGCCAACGAUGUGUAUGUCUGUGGAAAGACCAUCAACCUCCUCAAAAUCUGCUGCCCACAGCACUACAUCUGCUGGUCGGAGCUGCCGGUACCCCGCAUUGCUGUCACCUUCUCCCUCCAGGAGGUGGAGGAGAUUGAGAGAGACUGCGCUGUGUAUCGCGGACGCAUGGAGAGGAUUGCGAAGCACAGCGCUAUCAGCAGGGAGGAGCAAGCCCUGCGAGCAGAGCAGGCCCGCCAGGAGCUGAUCAAUCAGGUCAGAGAGUCGGCAGCAAAAACCCUGGAGAGCAUCCGAGGGCGCCAGGUGUCACUGCGUCUGGCUGAGGAGGCCAAGAAAAGGGAGCGCUUUGAAGAACUGAAACAGCACCUGGAACAGGAGCAAGAGUGGAGAAUUGCAGCCAAGAUGAAGCAGGAGGAGAAUGACUUCAGCUUUGCCAGAGAGCUGAGAGACCGGGGCAAGAGACUACAAGCCUUGGAGGAGCAGCUGGAGCAGAGAGCCAGGAAGGAGCUGAUUGCUCAGUACAGCCGCUUGUCAGAGGAAGCAGCUCGCAGAGAGAGACGAGCCAUGUGGCGAGUGCAGCGAAUGAGACUCGACGAAGCCCGCGCUCACUUCUUCAUGUUUGACAGGCAGAAAAUUCAGGCUAUACUGGAGAAAUAUCCCUUAGGCCAGGAGAGACCUCGCAUGGAUGUGUUACCAGCUGCUCCCUCAGCUCAACAGACACUUGAAGAACAGUCGGCUCAGGCUCUAGCGUCUAAAGCAGAGUCCCCAGCACAGGAUCCAUCCACAGCAAAGUCUGCUCUCAUCUUUGAGGACACUGACAUCUGUGACCUUAUUCCAAAAUCAUCAAAGCCUGACAGUCCGCAAGUGGAUAAAGCUCUGGAGGAGAUUGGCUCUGACCUGCCGGAAGCCCGUCAUGCUAUACAACUUGUAGAAUACGACUUUAGUGCCCCCUUUAGUCUGCAUGAGGGAAUUGCUGGUCAAGCCACAGUCCAGCCCAGGCCUCGAUGUGGACCUGCAGACCAGCCUGAGUUGAUUCAAAACCCCAUUUUCUUUGAAAAACAUGUGUCUUAUGUCCAGGAGAGUGUUCCUGCAUCUUAUCCAUUUGGAGGAGCCUCUAAAAUCAGCUUUCAUUUAGAUCAGCACACACCAAAGGAACAAAAUACUAGUGUCCAAACACGACCUUCACAAGCUUCCGUUCAGCAAGAAGUUACAAACUGUAAUCAGAAGGAGGCGGCAGCUGGCACAGAACAAGAUGCUGGACAAAUAUCUGUCUUGUCUGAAAAAGAAAGUGUGACUAUGGAAGCAUCAACACCUAAAACAGCAGAAAAUGGCAAAGAUCAAAGUGAUCACAGAAUACUUUCAGGUUUGUCUGAUAAGAUGAAGCUGGUGGAGACAAAAACUCAAGGCCACAACUCAGAUACGUAUGACAAAGCUGCUGAAGAUGUUUCGUCCUCAGACAUUCAGAGAACUGUCUCUACUGCCUCCAUUAAGGUUGGAGAACUGGCUUCAGAUGUUUCUCAGCCCCCACUCUGCAUCCAUGGGCAUUCAUCCGAUGCUCACAUAAAGGUUGGACAGUAUACAUCUGAGGUAGCUGCUCCUCUGCCCUCCCCAAACAUUCAUGGGCACGCCUCCAAUUCUCACUUCAAGAUAGGAGUUAAUGUUUCAGAAGUUGAUGCACCUCCAAUGUCCUCUAGUUCCCACGGUCACUCUUCUGAUGCUCACAUCAAAAUUGGGGAAAAUAUUUCUGAAUUUAUCCCUCCUGUUCCGACUCAAAACAUCCACGGCCAUGUCUCAGAUGCUCACAUCAAAAUAGGGGAUCUUGUUCCAGAUGUAACGAUGCCUGUGUCAUCACCAAGUGUUCACGGUCACAGCUCAGAUUCUCAUAUAAAAGUUGGGGAAAACAUCUCUGAUUUUGUCUUACCACGUCCUCCUCCCAGUAUUCAUGGACACUCCUCUGAUGCAAAUAUAAAAGUGGGUGAGUUUGUGUCCAAUGUAACUGAGGCAAGACCUCAUUGGAGUAAACAUGGGCACGCCUCAGACUGCGCCCUCCAGCCUGGGUGUGUGGUGCCAGGAUCAGAACCACCCUCGUCCGCUUUGCCUGGAAGCUCAUACGGCCACUCGUCUGAUUCAGCGUUAGGUGUUGGGUGUGCAGUUCUAGGCGAUGAGCCCAAACGUUCUCCCUUACCUGGCAGUGCUCACGGUCAUUCAUCGGACUCUAAUUUAAGCUCUGGGUGCGUUGUUUCACAAGUUGAACCACUUCGAUCACCACUUCCAGGCAGCGCCUAUGGCCACUCAUCAGAUUCAGCUAUGGGAGUUGGGUGUGUAGUGUUGGGGUCAGAGCUGCCACCCUCUGCUCUACCAGGCAGCUCAUAUGGUCACUCCUCAGAUUCUUCCCUAGGAGUCGGGUGUGUGGUGAAAGGAAAAGAUGAUGAAAAUCAGCAAAAGACAAAAGAUGAGGGCAGUAACGGUUUUAAUUCAGGCAGCUUCCUUGAGCAGCAUGUUGAGGGGUUUGGUUCCUGGACGUCUGGUUUAGCUUUGUCUCCUGGAGAAAUGUCAAAGCAGGAAUACCUUACGGCUUUAUCCGCCCAGUAUCAAGUGGAGCGUUACGAAGACUGUUACAACCUGACGGCGUCGUCACCUGAGUGUCAGCUGCUGAAGCAGGUAACUCGAGGACCCUGGGGUCUUCCCAUGGACCCCACACUCCAUAGAGCAACAGACACCACAGUUGUCCAGCUCAGUGAGAUGGUUUCCCUGCCUGUGCUGAUAAAACACUCUGUCACCGCCCCGCUCAUCACACAUGUGUCUUUGGUGAACAAGGCUGUGGUGGACUACUUCUUCGUGGAGUUAGAGGUGGAAAAACAUUUUCAGGUUCUGCGUCACUUCCUGCUGAUGGAGGACGGCGAGUUUGCACAGUCCCUCAGCGAUCUGAUCUUUGAGAAGAGUCAGACACUGGUGAAAGGUGCAGGUCGCUCUGCACAGUUCCACCAGCUGCAGCUGUACAGACACGAGAUGCAGCAUUUUGUCAAAGUCAUUCAAGGUUACAUUGCCAACCAGAUCCUCCAAGUGUCCUGGACGGAGUUCACAGCUAAGCUGGCCACUGCUAAUGACCUGGACGCUAUUCACCGCACACACGCUGACUACCUCAACAGAGCCAUCUUCAGAGGUCUGCUUACAGACAAAGCAGCUCCGGUUAUGAACAUCAUCCACAGCAUCUUCAGCCUGAUUCUCAAAUUUCGGGCCCAGCUGAUCGCACAGCCUUGGGACAAGCAGCAGGGGGAGGCAGUGCACCCCAGCUUCAUUGCCAUGCAGCAAUCGUACAACACCUUCAAGUAUUACUCUCACUUCCUUUUUAAAGUGGUGACCAAGCUGGUGAACAGAGGCUACCAGCCUCACUUAGAGGACUUUCUGCUCCGCAUCAACUUCAACAACUACUACAAGGACUCCUAACGAGCAUGUCUGUGAGCAAAAUGUCCACGAUUUCAUUUCUUAAGGCUUUUUAUGGGGAGUGGUGGCGUAGAGGU